GUGUAACCCUAUCAUUUUGUAUAGCCUUACUUGGUCUAUCCUACUUCAAGAGGACGAUAAAACGGAGUUUGUCAGUUUGUAUGUGCUUCGAUGUGGUCUCUGUUCGCUUCUGCAACAUCCAGCUGAAUAACACCAGGAAACUUUGAAAUGACUUCCACGGAGAUUUAUGUUUAAGGACAAAAACUAUCACAGAACAAAAUGAGGAGUCGCAGUAAUUCUGGGGUCAAACUUGACAACUAUGCUCGAAUAGUCCAGCAAACUAUUCUCCGUUUUCAAGACCCAGUAACAGGUCUUCUGCCGGCAAGUGAGGAGCACCCGGAUGCUUGGGUUCGUGACAAUGUUUACAGCGUCGUGUCAGUGUGGGCCCUUAGUCUGGCCUACCGAAAGAACGCUGACCGCGACGAGGACAAAGCCAAGGCCUACGAGCUGGAACAAAGUGUUGUGAAGCUCAUGAGGGGUUUACUUCAGUGCAUCAUGCGGCAGCUGGACAAAGUGGAGAAGUUCAAGUACAGCAAGAGCACCAUGGACUGCCUCCAUGCCAAGUACAAUACCCACACCUGCGCCGCUGUGGUGGGUGAUGGAGAGUGGGGGCACUUGCAGCUGGAUGCCACCUCCGUCUACCUGCUCUUCCUUGCGCAGAUGACUGCCUCAGGACUGCACAUUAUCUACACUCAGGAUGAAGUGGACGUGGUGCAGAACCUAAUGUUUUAUAUAGAGACCGCAUACAAAAUAGCUGAUUAUGGAAUGUGGGAACGAGGGGACAAGACCAACCAGGGAAUUCCCGAGCUAAACGCUAGCUCCAUAGGCAUGGCUAAAGCUGCAUUGGAGGCCCUUGAUGAACUGAAUCUGUUUGGUGCCAAAGGAGGACCCAGUUCUGUGGUUCACGCUUUAGCGGAUGACAUCCAGCACUGCCAGUCCAUCCUGAACUCUAUGUUACCCAGAGCCUCCACCUCUAAAGAAGUGGAUGCCGGAGUUCUCUCCAUCAUCUCUUACCCGGCAUUUGCUGUGGAGGACAUGAACAUAGUGAACAUCACCAAGGAAGAGAUCAUCUCCAAACUCCAGGGACGAUAUGGCUGCUGCAGGUUUCUCCGAGAUGGACAUAAAACCCCUAAAGAGGACCCUAACCGGCUGUACUAUGAAUCUGCUGAGCUGAAACUGUUUGAGAACAUUGAGUGUGAGUGGCCACUGUUCUGGGCCUACCUCAUCCUGGAUGGCAUUUUCAUCAACAGUCCUGAACAGGUGGAGGAAUAUCGAGAGGCGUUGGAUGGAAUAUUGAUCAAACGGAAGGAUGGGAUUCGUCUGGUGCCUGAACUUUACAGUGUACCUGCUGAUAAGGUGGAUGAAGAGUAUGUGAACCCUCAUUCAGUGGAGAGGAUCCCCAUGGGAAAAUGCCCCCUGAGAUGGGGGCAGUCUCUUUACAUCCUUGGAAACUUACUGGCAGAGGGUUUCUUGGCCCCCGGAGAAAUCGAUCCACUAAACCGACGAUUCUCCACCAUCCCCAAACCAGAUGUUGUCGUCCAAGUCUCUAUUGUGGCUGAGAAUGAGGACAUUAAGGCAUUGCUGCUGAAGAACGGGAUUGAGGUGGAGACGGUAGCAGACAUCCAUCCCAUUCGGAUGCAGCCUGCACGAGUCCUCAGCCACAUUUAUGCCAGACUAGGGCGUAAUCAGAGAUUGGGACUAACGGGAAGACCGUACCGUAGAAUUGGCGUGUUGGGGACGUCAAAGCUGUACAUCGUCCGUAACACCAUAUUUGCCUUCACGCCUCAGUUCAUAGACCAUCAGCAGUUCUACCUGGCCCUGGAUAACAGGAUGAUAGUGGAGAUGUUACGCAAUGACCUAGCAUACCUGUCUUCUCGCUGGAGGAUGACUGGCCGCCCGACGGUCACAUUUCCCAUCUCCCAGACCAUGCUCACUGAGGAUAGAACUGAUCUGGAUCCUGCUGUUUUAGCCACACUGAAGAAACUUCAGGAUGGAUACUUUGGAGGAGCAAGGAUACAGACAGGGAAGCUGUCGGAGUUCCUGACCACCUCGUGUUUUGCUAACUUGAGCUUCAUGGAUAAUGGUAAGACAGAGACCAGCAGCAUGAGCUGGGAGGAAGAGGAUGAUGAAGAUGGCUGCUUUGCUGAGGGGACUAUGCAUGAGUUUAAUGAUGAGAUAGACGACUUGGCGGAGUAUUUGGACCGGCUUUUGUUGACCGCUGUGCCCCCGCAGCCUCUGAAAGUGGAGGGCAAACCCGGUGGACUGAGCCGUUUCCGGGCAGCCGCCAAAAAGACACAAGAGAUGGUGUCUCUAAUGAACAAAGCCAAAGAGCUCAACAUUCACAACGUGCACAUGUAUCUCCCAACGAAGCUCUUCCGCUCUCCUCAGCCUGCACUGAACCUUAAAGACUCUUCAGGCCCUGCGGCCUCCCGGGGUCCGGAAGUGAUGGUGACCGCAGAAUGUAACCUUCCCAGGGACGCUAGCGGGGGUAUUGACUACAAGGCCUUGGCCCACCUGCUUAAAGAGACCCAGAAUUUACAGGACCAGGCCGAUAUUCUUUACAUCCUCUUCAAAGACAAAGGUAUGGACUGGGACACACACAUUCACGGUAAGGGCAGCACGGUGCGUAACCUGCUGGCGGAUCUGUACGACAAAGCCGGAGACCUGAAACACUGGGGCCUCAUCCGAAUGAUUUCCGGAAUGCUCCGCAAGAAAGUGGAGGAGCUGGAUUGGGCCUGUUCUGACCUGCUGGCCCACCAGAAACACCUGACAGUGGGAUUACCGCCGGAGCCUCGUGAGAAGACCAUCUCAGCACCCUUGCCUCCUGACCAGCUGGCCAGAAUGAUCGACCAAGCCAGUGAAAACAACAUCACCAUUGCCAUUCUCACACAGGAGAUCAUGGUGUACCUGGCUAUGAACAUUCGGGCCCAGCCCAGUCUGUUCCGCGAGAUGUUCCGGCUGAGGAUCGGACUCAUCAUUCAGGUCAUGGCCACUGAACUUGCCCAGUCACUCAACUGCUCAGGUGAGGAGGCUACAGAAAGUCUAAUGAGUCUCCGUCCAUCUGAACUGAAGAACCUGUUGCAUCACAUCCUCAGCGGCAAAGAGUUCGGUGUCCAGAAGAGUGUGCGUCCGGGGGAGCCGGGCGUCAGCCCCGCCAUCUCCAUCCAGGAGGUCGGACAUGCAGGUGCUACCAAGAGUGAGAGAUCAGGCAUCAGCAAGCUGAAGAGUGACAUGAAAUUGCUGGAGAAACGCAGGUUGUCAUGGCCGGCCCACAGUAAGAGUGUUCCAUCACACUCCUUGGAUAUUGAGCAUAUAGAAUCUGGGAAGUAUCGGUUACCAUCUAUAGAGUCCCUUGACGCAGGGUUGGGUGGAUCUCCGGUGAGGGACAGUAGGCAAGGCCAAUGGCUACGCAGGAGGAGGCUGGAUGGAGCUCUCAAUAGAGUCCCGGUGGGCUUUUACCAAAAAGUCUGGAAGAUUCUACAGAAGUGCCAUGGACUUUCCAUCGAGGGGUUUGUGCUUCCAUCGUCAACCACACGAGAGAUGACCCCCGGCGAGAUUAAGUUUGCGGUUCACGUGGAGACGGUUCUUAACCGCGUGCCGCAGCCGGAGUACAGGCAGCUGCUGGUGGAGGCCAUUCUGGUGCUGACCAUGUUGGCAGAUGUGGAAAUCCAAAGCGUCGGCAGCAUUAUCCACGUGGAGAAGAUCGUUCACAUCGCCAACGACAUGUUCUACCAGGAUCAGGUAUAUCUGGGUGCAGAAGAGAACAUUCUAGAGAAAGACCACUCCACGGGAAUCUGCAGGCUCCUGUACGACAGUGCUCCAAGCGGACGCUUUGGCACCAUGACUUACCUUACCAAGGCAGUGGCCAUUUACGUCCAGGAGUUCCUUCCCAGUGGUUCCUGUGCACUUCAGUGAUGUUCCACAUCCACAAUCAGUGUGACCAGAAUGGUCCUUGUCCUCUUAACGUAGUGAAGAGCUUACCUAUGUAACAACCCACUGUCGUGGAUAGGUCAGAGUAAUAAUCUAACGCACAUUGACAGUAAGUCAGCACAAUAUGUCUAAUGUAAUUGCUGAAGUGGCAGAUCACAUCAGCAGAGUUACUGUACUGGUGGUUAAAUCUAAGUCUAAUAUAUACAUACACUAAUUUGCCACUGAAUGCAAACUGUAAAAAUCUGUUUGAAAAAAUUCAGUAUUUAUGUCAGGUAUGAAAUAACUAAUGAUAUGAGUUGUACGAAAAAGCGUAACGUAAUAUAUUUGUUGGUCAGUCAUAAAUAGAUGAUACAGG